CUUGAUCAUCAAUCAUUACAUAAUCACUCCCCCAAUUUAUUGUGGGUGUGAUUCGUUUUUCUCUGUUUCAUUUCAUUAAUAUAUAAUUAAUUAUCAUAUUUGUCUUUCAUGAAAUAAUUUACCAGAACUUAAAAUAAAGAAAAAAUAAUAUAUGGAUGGAGGUGGAGAGGAUGAAGGUUCAUUGGAAUUUACACCAACAUGGGUGGUUGCUGCUGUAUGCACCGUCAUUGUUUCAAUUUCUCUAGCUGUUGAACGUCUCAUCCAUUAUGCUGGGAAGCGUCUGAAGAGGAAGAAACAAAAGCAUCUCUAUGAAGCCCUACAGAAAGUUAAAGAAGAGUUGAUGCUGUUGGGGUUUAUUUCCCUGCUGUUAACAGUAUUUCAAAGUCGCAUUGUCGAAAUUUGUGUGCCUCCUCGUGUUGUAACACACUUACUUCCCUGCGCGUUACCGUUGGAGCAUACUUCAUUUUCAUCUCCAACUCCAUCUCCACCUCCGCCUCAUGAAGAGCCUCAUGUUAACAAUCAGACGGUUCACUAUCAUGCUGGUCCUCACCAUCAACGACAUUUGCUUGCCGAAGAAACAAUGACUGCUGAGGGUUACUGCCAUCAUAAAAAUAAGGUUCCGUUACUAUCUCUUGAGGCGUUGCAUCACCUUCAUGUUUUUAUAUUUGUCCUAGCUAUUGUGCAUGUGACAUUCUCUGUUCUGACUAUUGUAUUUGGAGGAGCAAAGAUACGUCAAUGGAAGCAAUGGGAGGAUGCAAUCGUAAAAGAUGAUUAUGAAUCCGAACAUGCUCAUCUGAAACCAACAGUUACUCAUGUCUAUGAACAUGAUUUCAUCAGGAAUCGAUUUCAGGGUAUGGGUAGACAAUCAGCCAUUUUGGGUUGGGUGCAUUCUUUCUUCAAGCAAUUUUAUGCUUCUGUCAACGAAUCAGACUACAGAGCGCUUCGUUUAGGAUUCAUUAUGACACAUUGCAGGGGAAAUCCAAGAUUCAAUUUUCACAGGUACAUGAUACGUGCACUGGAAGACGAUUUUAGAACAGUUGUUGGUAUCAGUUGGUAUCUCUGGAUAUUCGUAAUACUUUUCUUGUUGCUUAACAUUAACGGUUGGCAUACAUAUUUCUGGAUUGCUUUCUUUCCUUUUAUUCUUCUGCUUGCUGUGGGAACAAAGUUGGAGCAUGUGAUUCUACAGUUAGCUCAUGAAAUUGCUGAGAAACAUGUAGCCAUAGAAGGUGAAUUGGUUGUAACACCAUCUGAUAAUCACUUUUGGUUCGAUAACCCUCAAAUCAUCCUCUUCUUGAUACAUUUUAUUCUCUUCCAAAAUGCUUUUGAAAUAGCAUUUUUCUUCUGGAUUUUGUUCCAAUAUGGCUUUCACUCCUGCAUUAUGGGAAAAUAUGUCUUUGUGAUUCCUCGGCUUGUCAUAGGGGUAAUCAUUCAAGUUUUAUGCAGCUAUAGCACACUGCCACUUUAUGCUCUAGUUACACAGAUGGGGAGUCAUUAUAAGAAAUCGAUGUUCGAUAAUCAUGUUCAAGCUUGUCUUAUGGAAUGGGCUGAGAAGGUGAAAAAGAAAAAGGGACAUAAGUAUGGUAGAGAUAGCUCUACCCGUUCAAAUGAGGGUUCAGUUCUUGGAUCACCAAUGUCUAUAAAUGACCACAAAGAUCUCCCUCAAAAUGGGGUUUAGCUAACAAUUUGAUCCAUGUCAUUUGGACAAUAUUUUGUAAA